AUGGCUUCCGUCGACAGCUCGCCUGUUGACCGCAAAAGCAAAAUCUCAAAGCGUUCUUCCAACUCAUACACCUCGGAAGAGUGGCGAAGGCAUCGCCCUUUAAUAACCCAGUUAUACUUCGAGGAAGGCCGAACCCUCAAGGAUGUGGCCGAAUACUUGAAAAGAGAAUAUGACUUUGCGCCCACUGCUGACUUUCUUCGGCCCAAAAAAGAGCACGAGAUGCUCGAUUUGGUUCGCCAAGGUUUGCAGCAAAAGGGUGAUGACAAGGACAAAGUCUUCCUGGUGAGGGGGCGGCAGGUUACCCUUGCCGACGCCUUGCACUACUUCAAUCGCAAAGGCAUCAAAGACCCCUCGAGUCUUUUGGAGCCUCAGAGAUCAGUAUCCGGCGACCUGUCAUCGCCCGAGGAUGCCGACGUCAAAACACCUCUGUCAUCCAACGAUGACGCACUUAAUGCCACUCAAGACGUAUCUGACUUUGAAAUGGCCAGAAGUCCCAUGGAAAUGAGCGAGCAAGACAAGCCCGCCCUGACCUUGAGAUUGAGGGCUUCAGAUGUUGCCGCCGAGCGUCUAGCCAUUCUACAGGAAGCCUUGGAUAUACCCGAAAUCCCGCCUAUGCCACCAUUCCGCACGCUCUCCGUCGAAUCAACGGUCGAGCAAGUCACGGUUUCGGCAGAAGAUCAACGAUACCAGGAUGUCAUUUUUCAGAACCUGCAAAACCACUACAUGAAUUUGUUUACGGCGCGCAAUCUCUCCAUCCGCAAUAUUACUGGCACGUGGACUGCCACCUCGGACGAUGCUCUUGCCGACAGGUUUUACUACUCCAUGUACCAUGGUUAUUCAUUUCUCUGGAACGGCCAGCGGGAUCGAGCAUUUGACAACUUUUACAAAGCCUUUGCGCUUAUCGAAGGCCUGUUGAAGGAUGAUCACGUUGGCUUCAUGAUAUACAUAUUUGACCUGAUCAUCCGGCACGAUGGAACCGGGUACGAAGAACCGUUACUCAUGCUCCUACAACACUUGGCCGACAUGGCCAACACCGUUUUUGAGUCCCACGAGCACCCGAUCUAUGUCAUUGCCACGCACAUGCACGAUGCCUCAAUAUCACGAGCUUGGUUAGCCGAGUCUACCCUGCGGAGACUGCUCGAUUUCUUCCAAGAUUGCAUCGGCUAUUUUCACCCUGAGACAAUCGCCUUACUACAGACCUUCGCAAGUGGUCUCCUGAAUCGAGAACACUUCGCCGAAGCUGCCGUCAGGUUCCAGCAGUUGGUCGAUGCUUUCGAAACUACCGUGAACAAACAAUGCUACGAGGUUUGUUAUGCUUUGCGGUCCACUUCGGAAGCCUUUUUCCACAUGGAAGAAUACACGAAAGCCCUCCAAGCCAUCAAGGCUGCACUGGAGCGGUCACAGAUCUUGCCGCGGCACGAGGAGCGUGAGAUUUACGUUCGAUGUUUGCGAGGGUUGGCCGAGAUCUCAAAUCGGUUGGGUCGGAAGGAGGAAGCCAACGAAACGAUGCAACACGUGGUUGAUAUCUGCCGGGAUGCGUUUGGACCUGAACACCCGUUCACAAAUCGUGCUAGGAUGCAUCUCAAAACAAUUUUAAAAGGCGACGCUACAAGCGAUGCGGCCAUCCCACCGAUGGUUUACAGGCUAGGGCGAGGUGGGAACGCCGCCAAAUAUAUCUGGAUUUCUCGAUCAAGUCCUACUCGACUACAGGCUUAA